AUGGUUGCCGGCAUCGCUUCUGCUUUAUUCAAAACUAACUCAGAUAAACUCACGACGUCAGGACAUGGUUGUAUCGAUAUCCGGAAGCAGAAGGGAAGCGACUGUAACCUGCCAAGAUGA